AUGUACAUAAAACAGCGUUUUAAUAAUAUAUGGUCAUACUUAAUUCAAUAUAAAGUACAUGAUAAAAGUAAAAAUUUACAUAAAGCUAUGGGGUAUAUGAUGAAUAUGAGUUCAGACAUUCAAAUUGUAAACAAUACGAUUCAAAGAGUAAAAGAAAAUUUGGAUAUGUGGAAAGUGAGUUAUAUUUGUUCGAGUUUAUGUUGGACUGAUCUUAAAACAACGGAUAAUUCGUUUCAUCUUGGAUUAGAUGAAGGAAGUGUGGGAUAUUGCUCAGAUGAUGGAAAAGUGUACAAUUCGAGUGGGGAAAGUGUGAAACAACUCUUAUCAUAUGGAAAAAUUGAAAAUCACGAAGUCAUCAUAGGGUGUGGGUUUUACCCAACAACUUUAAAAAUGUUUUACACAAUAAAUGGUGAGUUGGUGUAUUCGCAACAUGUUGAAUUCGAAAAUGUAUAUGGUGCAAUUUCUGUUACUUCUUUCCAACCUUUCGAACUAAAUUUUGGGGAUAAAAAAUUUUGCUUCGACAUAUACUCGAGAUGGGCGGGUAAAAUCAAAGAUGUUGAAAGUGAAGUAAAUGAUUCUCAAAAUGAUACGUUUGAAACCUAA